ACGAAUUUGCUUAGUAUAGUAGACCCCAUCCGUUGCAACAAAAGGCCCACAUGCAACCACCAUUGCCCAGCACCCCGGCCAGGCCAAGCACAAGGUAACAUAGUAGGUAGAUAGGCGUCCAGGAUGCCCGCCCAAGUCGGCAACAGCGGUACCAGCAACACCAACACCAACAGCAGCAACAACAGCCCCAGCAAAUACGCCCUCCUGCCCGCCUGCCAGCGCUGCAAGCUGCGCAAGAUCCGCUGCGACCGCCAGGCCCCCAAGUGUUCAGGCUGCACGAAAUCCCAGGCCGCCUGCGUCGUGGUCGACCCCAUCACGUCGGAGCGCUACCACAGAUCCUUCAUCCACGAGCUCGAGGAGAGGGAGCGGGAGCUGCAAGGGCGCAUCUCUGCCGCCAGCGGGGCAGCCAUAGUCACGCCCAGCUCCGAGACGGCAGCCGAUGCCGAGAAUCCUGCCAGGCCCGCCACCGGCAGCGAUGUGGGGCGACGGCGGACCGGGACAGACGAGCAGCAUACUCCGGGCGGCCAAGUUUCGGUCUCGGAUUCCCCGACUGCGCAUCGUGGGUUUGUAGGCGACGGGAGUGGUCUAAGUUUCCUGCGCUUCAUCUUUCAGGAUCCAAGAUGGCGCAGCUACGAACCGCAGAUUAUGCAGCUACUUGCCGAAAGGCCUCAAAUACCGGAGCUUGCAAUAUCUAGUAUUCCCCAGCCUCCUCGAGAGGAAGCCACGGCGCUGCUUGACAACUAG